AGCGCCUUACUUGUGGUUGGCUGCCUCCGCACUAUUUCGUGCUUUAUUCACGGCUCUAAUUUUACCACCCUGCUACUUCAUCACUCGUAUUAACAUAUGCAGUAUUCCAUACAAAGAACAACUACAGCAAUCAGACCAGCAGCACUACCACAGCCCGAGGCCGCAACAGAUAGUACAUGAAGGAGCUCCAUUGGAAUCUACUCGUACAUGUACAUCGUACAGAGAAGGCCGAUAGCACCAUUGCCAUGUUUACGAGGGACCUGUCGCCAGCGCUUUUUGCCACUCACUAUCUACUACUGUAUGUAGGUAGUAGCUGGCAUUUAGUGCCCUCCGCGCUUAUAGGGGCCCCUGUCAGGAGGGCGAAUCCCGCACUGAUGCUGCGAAUCAAAAGCGACUUGCUUCAAAACGUACAGAGAAUGGAUGACUCGUAAUUUUGACUCCACCAUUGAACCCGAUCCUCCCAGGCCUUCACUG